AGUUUGGGAUGUUCGGUCUUAUUUAAAGACAAAAACUGCCCGCUGGAAGUUACAUGAAACGCAGGUGACUUCUCUUCCUAGUGUGAAUUUACGAAAACUAAAGAACUUUUCAAGAUGAGGUUAUCAACCAAAUUGCUGUUCCUUUUCACCUUAACCUUGGCACUCAUCGCCCACCAAGAAGCGGAAGCAAAAAGCUUUAAAAAGUUAAUCAAGGCUGGAUUGCUCCUGGGAGCUUUAGGAUCUAAGAAGUUGCCAAAGAUUCUUCCAAUUCCCCUGCCUAUUCCAAUCCACCUUUCUCUUACAGUCUGGAGGAGCAGAAAGAAUUCUCCGGAGGUCAUUACGGCAACGACUACUACAACCACCACCCUGUGGGUCUUGCCCCUGCUUAUGGCCCAGGGGGCUAUAGCUACGGCGCAGGAGGAUUCGGAUCCGGAAUCUAUGGAGGUGGAGGCUACGCAGCUGAAGAAGGCUGGUGGUGAAGAGAAACCUGUUGCAUAUAGUAGAGCCUUUCUGUACAUACAAGCGCAACAAUGAAAGAUCUCGCAUUAUUUCGUUUCCACGUACACUCAGUGGCGCGUGUUUGAACAUGUUGUAAAAAUGAGUCAUUUGUGUACGUCAUGUUUAUAUUUUUGUAAGUUCAUUUAAUAUUGAAUAAAAAUCAUGCUUUUUUUUGUUA